AGCAUAGAGUUAUUUAGGUGGCGCUAGUAACGAUUAAAUGACAGACGAGGUUAAUUACUGUUUGAGGAAAUAGUAAAUGAAUAAAUAUAAUUUCUUGUACGAUAUUACGAAAAAAUGACAUCUCACGGAACAAAAUCAUUGAAGAUUGCUCAUGGGGUUGUUGUUUGUAAAGACUGUGAAUUGCAUGGUGAUAUUACUAUAGGAAAUAGAACAGUAAUACAUCCUACUGUUCGUAUUAUUGCUGAAGCUGGACCUAUCAUAAUUGGUGAAAAUAAUCUCAUUGAGGAACAAGUACAGAUUAUCAACAAAUUGCCUGGAAACAAUGAUGUGAAACUUGGUAAUGAAAGUGUAAUGGUUAUUGGAAAUAAUAAUGUAUUUGAAGUUGGAUGCUAUAGUGAAGCAUUGACUAUUGGAGAUAACAAUGUUCUUGAAUCAAAAUCAAAAGUUGGACGGCAUACAGAGUUAACAUCAGGAUGUGUUAUUGGAGCCAUGUGUGAAAUAACAACUCGAGAAGUUAUUCCAGAAAACACUGUCAUAUAUGGUAGAAAUUGUGGACGCAGAAUUCAAGAAGAAAAACCUGCAUCACAAUCAUUACAGCUGGAUUUUCUGAAGAAGAUACUUCCUAAUUAUCAUAAUAUUAGAAAACCAACAAAAACGGAAGCAUUUAAAUGAUAAAUGAACUUUAAAACAAUUUUUGUAUAAAGCUUUAAAUUUUGACUUUGACAGACAAGAUUAAAAGCAAAAAUAUUGCAACAGUAAUUUUUAUUUAAUAUGAGAUAAGCCAAAUUAUCCAAAAAGCCAUUUUAAUUUCCUGAAACAUUGAAUAGAAGACAAACAAGUAUUCCAGUCAUUCUUGUUCUUUAGAGCCUAUUUUCAAUUUGAAGUUUGCAUCUUGAAGGGUUUUUGUUGUUGUAUGUUAUUUAUGUUAAUGCUAUCUUUUUAAGUGCAGGUAGAGACAAUGUUAGCAUUAUUAUUAAUAAACCAUGUUCUAAACCAGAAGUUAAUCAGAUUUUUUUUUUUAACUAGGAAAUAAAUUCCUUUCUUCAAUGAUGACAAACUGAAUAGUCUAUGAGGACAAUGUAUGUAAAAAAAUAAAACAAUUCAAAAUUUCAAGAUAAAUAAAAUUAAACAUUAUCAUUUGUGUAAACUGUGCAUUUAAUGGAAAGUUUAACAGA